GUGAAUGAAACUUGGAGGCUUGAAAAUUGUACAGUAGGAAUCUGUACAGGAAACAACACCAUUUCUGUGGUUCCACUGAAGUGUCCACCAAUUAAACCAGUUACCUGUCAAAAUGGACUGCAACCAAAAAGAGUUUAUGAUGAAUCUGGCUGUUGUUAUCAGUAUAAAUGUGACUAUUGUAUAGGACCUGAUGGAAAACGUAGACAGGUUGGCGAAACGUGGCAAGACAAUUGUCAAGACUGUUCCUGCAACAAUACAACAUUGAGCAUUGUCUGCAAACCCCAUAAAUGCUCACCAUUACCACCAGUGGUAUGCAAAGGCCAAGGUUUUGUGCCAGUAGUCAAGACAAGUGACAGUGACCCUUGCUGUCCAGUAUCUAAGUGUGAAUGCAAUGUGACCCACUGUCCCACUUUGAAAUUUGAUUGCAAACUUGGAUAUGAACCAGUAUACCAUAUUCAUGAAGACAAGUGUUGUCCAAGUUACAAAUGUGAGUCUAAGCCAGUGUGUGUAUUCAAUGACACUGAGUACAAGCCAGGAAUGGUUGUUCCUCAGGACCCUUGUGAGAACUGUAAAUGUACUAAUGAAACUGAUCCAUCAACACAGCACAAAGCUAUCAAGUGUACUCCCAUCAAGUGUGAUUCUCAUUGUCCACCGGGUUUUAAGUAUAAGGAAGUGAAAGGACAAUGUUGUGGGAAUUGUACACAGGUUGACUGUAUAAUUGAGAUCCCAAAUAAACCACCAAUAAUCCUCCAGCCUGGAGCUGCAACAUCAGAUUCAAAGAACAAUUGCACGAAAUAUGAGUGUGAGAAAGUAGGAUCUCACCUUGUUUCAAACAUCUAUCAUCAAAGAUGCUCCCACCUGGAUCCUGAUAACUGUGAACCUGGAACAAUACAUAUGGACUCAGAUGGCUGUUGUAAAACAUGUAUUCCAAAGACAUGUACAGUUUCUCAAACCACAACCUAUAUCAACCAUCAAGGAUGUCGAUCUAAAGAAAAAGUACCAAUGACUUACUGUGAAGGGCGGUGUUUGACGUAUUCUAUUUUGGCAGAUUUUGUCACAGUUCAUGAGAACAGUGCUCUCGAGAAUCAAACAGACAUCAUGGAGCUGAUAGUGUGA